UUUAUUUUUAAAUAAAUUAAUGGGAACAAUUACUUCUUCAUAUUUCGCUUAUGGAAGUACUUGUGAUGAAAAUAUUGACAACAAAAAUAAUUUAAAUAAAAAUGAAAUAUUAAAAGAAGAGAUGGAAGAGGGAGAGAAUAAAAAUUGUUGUAAUAAAAAUAAAAAACCUUUACAAAAAAAUGUUUUGCCCCUUUUGGGAAAUGGAAGGUUUGAUGUUGGUUGUGCUGAUAUUAUGAUUUUGAAUGGAGAGGAGUGUUGUUGUUCAUCUAAUAAUGAUAAAGAAAAGUGUGAAGGAAUUUUUGCUCGAAUUUAUUACCCUAGUGAAGCUUUAAGUCCAGAUAAAUACACAAUAGAAAGGUUAAAUGAAUUUAUGCAAUGGAAGCCUGAUGAGAAGGUUAUUGAGGGAUUGGCUGCUUAUAAAGGGAUGAGUUCUUGGAAAUUAAAUUUAAUUUUGGAUUGGAUACUUGGCGAUAAAAGAAUCCCAGCCCGUUGGCAAGUCCCUCUUGCUAAAUCUGAGGAACAAUUUCCCGUUGUUGUAUUCUCUCAUGGAAUUAGUGGAACUAGACAACUUUACUCAAUUAAUUGUUCUUCUUUGUCCAGUCAUGGUUAUGUUGUUGCUGCUUUGGAUCACAGAGAUGGCUCUUCUUGUUAUACCUAUGAAUUGAAUAAAGACCCGUCAACUGGUGAAUUAAUUCAAAAACAUAUUGAAAUGAAAAAACUUCCACACGAAGAGCAAGAAUACGAGAGUAGAAUAGCUCAGGUACAACAACGUACAUUGGAAACAAUUAACAUGUUAAAAUUAUUUAAAAAAUUAAAUGAGGGAUUGCGUAAUUCAAAUGUAGAAAUUGUUUGUGGAAAUGAAUUUGAUUGGGAACAAUUUAAGGGAAGAUUAAAUUUGGAUAAAGCAAUUUCAAUUGGGCAUAGCUUUGGAGGAGCUUCAGCUUUGACUUCUUGUGCUGUUGAAAAGGGUUUUAAAUGUUGUGUUGUUAUGGAUGCUUGGCUAUAUCCUUUUGACUGUAAAUAUUACGAAGAAAUUACCCAACCAGUUUUAAUGUUAAAUGCGAGUAAAUGGCAAUGGCCUAUGAAUUUGAAGAGAUUGUUGUAUUUACAACAACAAAAUGGAGGGGAAGGGAAAUCAAUGUAUACAUUGACUGAUAUUGUGCAUCAAUCUUUUUCAGAUUUGGGAUUACUCACUCCAGGAAGAAUUGGCAAAUUUAUGGGUUUUCAAGGUCAACACGACCCCGAAUAUUUGGCAAAUAUAAUUAUUCAACUAAUUACAACAUUUACUGAAGACCCAAUUAAUUCUAAAGAAAAAUUAAAAGAAAUUUCAAAAACAUUAAAUUGCCCAGUUUUAAUUGAAGGGACCGACGUUCCUAGAGAAAAAUUGGAUGAAAUAUCUCUCGAUUUGGCUGAAAAUCAUUCUUCAGAGAUUGGGGAGAAUGAAGAAAGAAUACUUCAUGAAUCUGGGGAAUAA